CUGGCCACUCGGAAUGCAAUCAAGGAAGCUGUGAGGAAGGACCUGGAGAACAACCCACCCUCAUGCCUGGUCGGCUCCAUGCAGCAGGUGAACAGAAGGAUCGCGGAGGUCGCCCUGCUGCCCAGCCUGCUGACCUGCCGCCUGGAAGCUGAGCCAGGAGCAGAGCCAGGACUAGGCCAGGCCCUCCGGUGCGGAGCACGGGCGUUCCAGCUGCCAGGCUGACGGCCAGCCCUCCUCCUCCUCGUCGACUGUGCUUAAGCGACCUGAGGCACAGCUCCACGAAUCGCCACGGUGGAGACGGGAGUGACAAAGCCAUGGCAGCCAAGCCUCAGGUCACUGCUGGGGUCCACUCCCCCACUGCUGCGGCCCCACGGGCCCUGGCCGCUCAGCCACUUCGCCUGCCCCCUCCCAGUGCGGGCGCUGUGGGGAGGCGGAGGACUCCAGUCUGCUCUCCAGGGACCCCGUGAACUAAGAGCCACGGCCGGGCCCCCACGUGUUUUCGUGGAUCUGCAGCAGGUGGCCCGAGCAGGCUUCAGCCAGGCCCAGCUUUUCCAGGCGGCCACCGUCAGCCGGAGCCAAGGGCAGCGGCCGCCGUCUCAGGGCGUGGGCCCGCCACGCUGCUGCAGUCCCCACUGAACGCCCCCGUUCCUGGGCCGGGGGUGAAAUCUGAGACCUUGACUCAAAACGUCGAGGGUUCUUGUCGUAUAUUUAGAUAAGAAUUUUAAACAUCUGCUGCUUAUAAAUGGAACAGGCAACAUGGUACAGUUUUUAGCAUGUAUUCAGUGAGAGAAAUACGCAGGAAAGUGCAGGCUUUAUCGAGGGGGAGAAGUCUAGAAAUAAGAGAGCAGGCGGAGCCACGUGGAGCAAGCGUGCGGUUCGGUUCAGCCGCGGGUAGUGUAGCGCGGGCAGGACACAGAGCAGAGAGCAGGUGGGCAGCAGGCUGCACGCCUGGAGGCCCAGGACAAGGGCAGGCGCACCGUGCUCUGGUCUUUCCUUCACUACCAAAAGGGAGUGGUUACGUAGUCUGACUGGCAGGUGGGCGUCCUCGUGAGGUCAGGUAGGGGCGUGAGACCACGAAAGGGAGCAGGGUGAAGGCGUGGUCUCCAGCUCACAAAUCUAACCGAUUUAAUCCCAUCUGCCUGCCUGGGUCAGCUGGCAUCAGGGGUGUACACGUGGUGGGUUUCACACGUUCAUCACAGACCAGACGCGAGCCCAGGUCAUCUGUGGCCCGUGCAGAUGGAAGGCCCUCCCUGGGCACCCCUUGGCCUGAUCUUGGGCCCACCGGUCUUCCCUGGCUCUCCUCCUCCUCUUCGGCUUCCGUCACUUCCCUCUGCUGCUUUGGUCCACUGUGGCCCUGCUCCUGCGCUGCCUUGCCAGUUCACAGCUCCUACACCCCUAACCCUCUCACCGUUGCCCACUUGACUUGUGAGAGAGAGAGAGGCAGAGAGCUCCCAUCUGCUGAUUCACUUCCCAAAUGCCAGCCAGGCCAAAGCCCGGAGGCAGGAGCUCAGCUGGGGCCUCCCACGUGGGUGGCGGGCACCCACCUGCUGCCUCCCAGACUGCUCAUUAGCAGGGAGCUGGGAUCAAAAGCAGAGCUGGGACUUAAACCCAGGCCCCCCAUUAUGGGAUGCAGGUGCCCCAAAUGCCUGCUGUCUCCCGGCAUCCUGCUUCCUGCCACAUUCCUCUGCCCCCGCGUCUGGUGUUCCACUUCACCCUAACCCCAGAUUUUCCAGUACUGACUUUUGGGGUCAGUUCAGCUCUUGAGUCAAACUUUUAUUUUUAAAAGCGUACAUACAAGGUGAUACAUUACUCUAAAGUAUUCAAGCAGUCUGCAGGGGUGUAGGUAGAAAGUGAAGGUCAGCCUGAUCUGCCCCGUUUCCUGCCCUGGCCGUCACCACUGAUCAGACCUUUGCAUUUGAAGGACGAGGCUCACAACUUCAGGCCGUUGUCCGUCCGUCCGUCUGUCCUUCCUUCCCAUAAGCAGGAUCAUACAUAAAUUUUGUUUUGUAAACUGCUUUUCUUUUCUCUUAUUUAUUCCCUUAUUUUUAGCGUAAAUACCUCUUGGAGAUUUUUUUCUUUUCAAAGUCGAUACUAUUUUCCCAAAUCAUCCUUUUAAUGGACACAUAAUAUCCUUUAGUUUGGAUAUGACACAAUUUAUUUAACAGUUUCCUAUUUUUGAACAGUUUCCUAUUUUUGAAGACUAGAGAGGAGAGAAAGAGACAGAGAGAGAAAUCUUCCUUCCACUGGCUCACUCCCCAAAUGGCCACAAUGGCUGGAGCUGGGCCAGGCCAAAGCCAGGAGCCAGGAACCGCAUCCGGGUCCCCCCCGCCCCCCCGGGUGGCCAGGGCCCAGGUACUUGGAUCAUCAUCUGCUGCUUUCCUGGGUGCAUUAACAGGGAGCUGGAUCAGAAGCAGAGUAGCCAGAACUGGAGCCGUGGCUUGAUUUCAAAUGCCAGCGUCACAGACGGCGGCGUGACAGUGUCUUGUUGAUCAUGGUAUUUCCACGGUAUUUUUGUUGCAGUGAACAUGUAUUUUUGUAUAUGUGUCUGUUUCCAAAAAACUAUUUAUGCUGUUUUCUUAAAAGGCAGAGAACCAAAAAGAGAGUUCUCUCAUCUGCCUGGUUCACGCCCAAGAUGCUUGCAGCAGCCAGGGCUGGACGAGCUGAGCCGGGGGCUGCGAUGCGGUCUCCACUGCCCCUGUGCGUGGCAGAGACUGAAGCACUCGAGCCAUCAGCUGCUGCCUUCCACGGUGUCCGUGAGCAGGAAGCUGGAACUGGGAGAUAAAUACAGAACGUGGACGUCCCACGUGGCGCCUACACUGCCUCACCAAUACCCAUCCCCGGAGAUGUGUCUUGGGAUUCAUUUACAAGUGUUUUUUCAGAAUUCAGCUCUCUAGUGAAAUGUUUAAUCUUGAUAAAUACAAGCAUGUGUCUAAAACAGCCAUGGAAAAAUGGAAUUCAAAACUAAGCUUGUUUGGAUGCAAAACUAUUUUUAAAUCCUUGCUUAGCUUUUUUCAUAAAAUGUGCUUCCUGGGGUUGGCACUGUGGCAUAGCAGGUAAAGUCACCGCCUGCCAUGCUAGUAUACCAUGUGGGCACCGGUUUGAGACCUGGAUGAUCCACUUCCAGUCCAUUUGUGGUUUAUCAAGCUGAGACCACCCCCUCAUCAUUUACCACCCCCUCCCCCGCCUCCUCCAGGCAGUCCUCUGAGACUCUUCCAGCCACGCCAACCUCACUUGUUGGAACCCUAAGCGCAGCAGCUAAGCGCGCUCAUGGUUCCACGUGUGCCGGUUUGGCUUUCCAGGUAGCACGUUCUUGCCCUCGGUUGCCGGAACCUAGAAUUCUAGCUCUGUGUUAACGUCAUCCGUGCCCAGUGCUGGGGCGGGUGAUUCGCAGUCAGAGCACCCUGGGGGGUUCCUGACACUCUUUUUCUUUCUCUUUCAGGGGGUGGGGGGUUGAGGGGGUGGGGAGGAGUCAGAGGCCAGGUAAGUCCGUCUGCGGAGCUCAAGGUGAGACGAUGGGCAGCAGCAGCGGUUGCGGGGCACUGAGCAGCUCCUGCGUGCCAGCGCUUCCAGCACAUCCCGUUACCUCUGACCCCUGGAAGGGCCUGGAAGGCAGGUGUCGCCAGCCGCCUUUUACAGAGGGAUCGUGAUGCACAGGGCCAUGAUUGCAACCCCGCUGCAAAUCCUCCACUUCUCAGAGACGUGGCCAGGAGGAGGGGCAGCGCGGCAGGGCCAGGCUGGGGUCUGGGGUGGGUUGGUGGCACUCGGGGAGAUGGUGUCCGUGACACCGAUGGCCCCAGGCCCUACCACUAGCCGGGGCAGCCAGGCUGGCCAGAGACUUAGCUCCAGAGGCCUCCAGGCACCAAGAAGAAAAAGGCUUAGUCCCCGGCCCCUCUGCCUGACCUAAUGUCUCAUUGUGUUGUGUGUGUAUUUUUUUUUCCGAUUUUUGAAGGCAAUUGAGAAAUUUGAGUUGGAGAAGAAGGCUGUAAGAGAGAAAAGGCGCAGCAGCCCAGGAGACAGAGGCAAACCUCCUUUCUCAUGGCCUCGGUGGUUUUUAGUGGGGUUUGGUGUUUGCUUUAUUAUCAUUAUUAUUGUUUAGUAUUGGGUAGGAGUCCAAGGCUUCUUCUAAAAGAGCCUUGAAUCUCACUUCCUGCCGUUGAGCAAGGAAGGAAGGAAGGAGGGACAGCACCUUUCAGAGACCACCUACUGCGUGGCACGCGGCACCAGGCACUGUGUGCCCAGUCCCCCAGGUCCUCCCGACGUCCCCUGACACAGGCCUGGGGCAGGCGGCCCGAGUGUAAAGCCACAGCGUGUGUAGCCCUUGCUGCUCCGUGGAGCAAGUGGCCCCGUCGGAGCUGGAGGGAGGAGUCUCAGCCACCUGGGAGGAGACCGCAGCCCCAGCGGCCAGGGCAGCCCAGGCAGAGCGCGAAGCCCCCAUCACAGUUCCCGCCCAGCCCAGGACGGACCCUGGCGCUGCUCAUUUCUUAUUUCUCUCCCUCCGUUCUGCAGGCAAGAGACAAAGGAAAAUGGAGGAUUUCUGCAAAGACCUGGACCUCAAGAAUGCCCGAUCUUUCCUGACGAAAAGGAAAACAGCAGAUAAGAACCUGCUGGCAGAGCUGUACCAGUACCCAGCCUUUGACAGCGCCAGGCCAAACGAGCUUCCCAACGGGGUGGGCUUCUGCGACAUGGUGGGCAACGUGGUCCGGGCUGAGAAAAACCCCAUCACUGGCAAGUCUUUCUGUUCAGAUAAAGAAUUAAAGAAGUUUCUCUCUUCUCCUCUCCCAAGAGCCAUGUGGCUGGACAGCUUCUGGUGGCUGUUUCAUGAAAGGUACCAGCCCAACAAGGAGAUCCAGGACAAGCUGUUCGAUCGCACAGCGCGCUGCUACGCCGUCCUGCUCGUCCAGCAGCCCAGGUCCCACUACGAAGAGGCGCUGCUGAAAAGGCUGCCCUCGCUGCUGAGCAGAGCGCUGUACACCAGCUUCUGCUGCUGCUUCCCGCAGUCCUGGUUCAACAUGCACGAGUUCAAGUCCUGCGUCUGCAACACGAUGAGCCUGUGGAUCACAGGCACCUAUCCUUGCCCACAGGGCUACGCCGGCUGGAACUACUCAGAGCUGGAUCCAGAGAGGUUCCGCAGAGAGGAGUUAAUGCUACAGAGAAAAAGGCUGAUGAGGGGAAGAACGUACUCUUUCUUCACUUCUAAGAGAUUGUUUUCCCGGAAGCCAACCCAGAGCAGAAAACCCCAGUACCCUCAGCCAACCCCAGAGAAAGCGUUCUCAGCCGUGCGGAAGUCCGGAGGCGGCUCGGGGCCACCUGACACCGGGAGAGAGCAUCGUCCUCACAUCUUGCAAUCAAGGAAAGCCUCACCGCAAGUCAAGAAGGUAACAGAAGCACGAGAAUACGAGAACGCGCUUUCUAAGCAGGCACAUCGGCAGGGAGCUGAGUUGGAAGCGGAGCAGGCAGGACUCGAUCCAGCGCUCUGCUGCGGCUGUCAGCAUUGCCAGCAGCAGCGCCUUUGCUUCCUGGUAAGUGCUGUGAAAGGGGCCGUGUCCUUACACUUUGCUUUGUUGCCUCCCCAGUCUCACCCUGCUUGCAGAAGCCCGCCUCUCACGUGGAACCUCUUCAACACGUACGGGAAGAGCCCCCUGGUUGUGCACUUCCUGCAGACCUACUGCACGCUGCCGCAGCAUGGCAUGGACGUGCUGGUGGUCAGGAGGGAGAGGACCACGCUGCUCCCUGGGUCCACCCUGACCUACGCCGAGCUCAUCAGCCUGACCCUGAACAGCAUGCAGAAGCGGAAGGACAACAUGCGCCAGCUGAACCGGCUCUACCGCAGCGAGUGGAGCUAUUUCGAUAGCUACCUGAAGGCGCUGCGAGAGAACCUCCUGAGGGAGGUGAAGAACAUCAAUAAGAGAGCAGCCGAGAAAAAGAAAGCGAGCCAGAGGUUCCUCCCGCCCUCGUCCUUCAGCGAGGAACAACCUGAGAAGAAGCCUGGGGGAAGUCACCACGCGGAAACUGCCUUUCUCUUAAGGAAGGAAAAGAAAGAGCAAGAAAGGGCAGAAGAACAGAGUCUGACCCUCCUCCCCGCUCACUUCGACAGCCCGAUGCACUCCCUGCCGUGGAAGGAGAGCCCCUAUCAAGUCCGCGACCUCUCUGAGUCCAGAGAGGCGGAGAUCACCAAGAAGCCCAGAGCAGUGCAGAAAAAGGACGCGGUCAUCCUCAGCCUCUCCCCUGCCAGCUCACACGAGUGACUCCGUGUCCGGAAACUGGGAGAAACUCCUAAGGGGAAGCCCACAUGUGUUGUCGGAUUUAAUCCAUAGCAGAAACAGCAAAGCAAAACAACAACAACAAAAAAAAUCACCUCAACCAGGGCACAUUCAGGUGAUCCCGGGCUAUGCACACAGAAUAUUAAAGGUCACUCCCGCCGUGGGCCAGAGUCAGCACGUGAGCGGGAAUUAAUGCGCCUCGCUCGCUCAGGCUUGCACUCACUGUCGUCCUUUUGUUUUUCUGAUGGAUUUAUGUAUUCGUGUUUGUGUGAUGAAUUUUUGUAUUUGAGAGACAGACAGAGAGCUCCCAUCUGCUGGUUCCCUCUACCCAAAUCCCCACAUGGCCCAGGCUGGGGAACCGGCUGGCUGCUUGGCACGAAGCAGGCGCUCGGGACUUUGGGGUCUCCCGCAGGCGGACACCUUCACUUGAACCCUGAGCAUCGCUCUGGGUGACCGUCUUGGAGAACAUUGCCCAGGUAGAAGGUGGAGGGGGGCGGCUAGGGAAAGAACUCCGCCCUCGGCAUGACAAGAGUCAGGCCCAGAAUCCCCGUCCGGCUUCGUGACCGAUGGGGGACUUCGGACUUCGUAGCUGGCUGUGGGAGUUUGUUUUUGAGAACAAAGACGGGAUGGCGGGCUCAGGAGGCAGGGCGUGAUGGCUGAAUAAGCACUCGUGCAGAGUCCUCGGCACGGCGCAUGUUACUGGGUCCUCGCCACAGCCGUGACUGUUGGAUAUUAUUAGGAUGCAAAGUGCUGUCUUCCUCAGCGCUGGCCGUGUGCCGCACGUGCUGGGCCCGAGGCGCCGUGCAGCGCAGGUCAUCACCUUCCGGCCUUCCCUGUACAACUCCAGCCACAGCCAGCUCUUCGUGCAGCUCUGCUGUGCCCUUUGCUAGUUCUGGGCCCUUUUUCUGAUACUGCUUCUGUACUGGAAAUCCCUCCCCCCUUCUCUGUGAACUCCCAACAUCACUAACUCCUGCUGCUCAUCCAGGGCCCCGCUUGCCAUGUCCCCUCCUCUGGGAAGCCUUCCCUGAUACACCACCAGCAAGGUGGGCACCAGGGGCCCCUCUGCAUGCUCCAGCAGCCUUUCCCGCACCCCAUAUGGUUGCAGUCACCGAGAGGUGUGACGUCUGGUUACUGUCUACCUCUGCCGUCAGUCUCGCCCAGAAAGAAGGCCUCCCGGGCCUUGGAGGAGCUGUGCUACCUCCUCUCUCGGGACACGGCUGUGGGGCCCAGGAUCGCCUCUCUGGAAAUUACUGAGGUCUCAUAACCAUAGGUCUUGCAGGAAGUUUAAGACGGGAAGACUGGCCUUGCUCUUCGUAAAUCUAUCAGAAGGAGAAUUUUUGUGGAAGAAUUCAUUGCCGUUUAUAAGGGGAGAGGGGUUCAACGUCAAAGGGAACUAACAUUUUUAAAGCAUUUGCAGUAAUUUUUUUUUUUUUUGACAGGCAGAGUGGACAGUGAAAGAGACAGAGAGAAAGGUCUUCCUUUGCCGUUGGUUCACCCUCCAAUGGCCGCCGCGGCCGGCGCGUUGCGGCCGGCGCACCGCGCUGAUCCGAUGGCAGGAGCCAGGAGCCAGGUGCUUUUCCUGGUCUCCCAUGGGGUGCAGGGCCCAAGCACCUGGGCCAUCCUCCACUGCACUCCCGGGCCACAGCAGAGAGCUGGCCUGGAAGAGGGGCAACUGGGACAGAAUCCGGCGCCCCGACCGGGACUAGAACCCGGUGUGCCGGCGCCGCUAGGCGGAGGAUUAGCCUAGUGAGCCGCGGCGCCGGCCUCAUUUACUGUGAUGUGGGACAAAGCAAAUGAGUGAUCGCACGGUCUCCAAUUCUCUUUCCCAGUGUUGCUGAGAACCAGCGCUCUCUGCGUGGAAGAGGGGAAACCAGACGGCAAACUGGAAGUGGCUCAGUUAGAGUCCUGUAGUCUUCAUUCUGAACUGGCUAUAAAUUAAGGACGAGGAGCUGGCACAGGUAUUUGGCGUAGAGGUGAAGCUGCUGGUUGGGGACCCCACGUCCCGCAUCAAAGUACGUCCAUGUGAGGAGCCGGUGUGGCGCAGUGGGCUGAACCGCUGCUUGUGAUGCCGGCAUCCCAUCUUGGAGCCCAGUUCAGCUCCCUGAUCAUGUGCCGGGGACGGCAGCAGAGCGUGGGCCAAGCGCUUGGGCUCCCGCCACCUGCAUGGAGUUCUGAGCUCCUGCUUCAUCCUGGCGUAGUGCCAGCCAUUACGGCGUUUGAGGAGUGAGCCAGAGGGUGGAAGCUUCUCUCUCCCUCUCUCUCUCCCUCUCUGUCAAAUAAAUCUAAACAAACAAACAAACAAACAAAAAAAACACCCUAGGUUUGAGUUCUAGCCCUGCUGCCAAUUCCGUGUCCUACCAGUGGGGACCCUGGGAGCUGAGACGCAGGGUCGCUGCCACUCGCACAGGAGGCCGGGAUUCUCAGCACCCAGCUUGGCCCAGCCCAGCCCCGCCCCGGUUGUUGCAGACAUUUAGGGAGGUGAACCAGAAGGCGCGAGCUGUGCAUGGAUGUAUGUGACGCUGUCUCUCAAAAACAAAAGAAGCGUUGCGUGGGAGACAUGGAGGAUGGCUAGAGGGGAGGGGAGAGGAGGAUGGAGAGGAUGGGAGAGAGCCCAUUGGUUUAUACACCCCAAAUGCACGCUUGAAACAUGUGCAGUUUCUCAUGUCAAUUGUAACCAAAUAAAGCUGUUGUUUAAAAAAAUACUCAUAUUCUAAUAUUUCAUUGAAAUGACCAAGAAAUAAAGACUCAUUCAGUGGCGAUGACCCAGACUGUGGUCUUGGAAUAUGAUUUGCACAUGGGGCCGGCGCCGUGGCGCAGCAGGUUAGCGCCCUGGCCUGAAGCACCGGCAUCCCAUGUGGGUGCCAGUUAGAGACCCAGCUGCUCCACUUUCAAUCCAGCUCUCUGCUAUGGCCUGGGGAAGCAGCAGAAGAUGGCCCAAGUGCUUGGGCCCCUGCACCCACAUGGAAGACCUGGAAGAAGCUCCUGGCUUCAGAUCGGCGCAGCUCUGGCUGUUGCAGCCAACUGGGGAGUGAACCAGCGGAUGGAAGACCUCUCUCUCUCUCUCUCUCUUUGCCUCUACUCUCUCUGUGUAACUCUGACUUUCAAAAUAAAUCUUUUUUUAAAAAAGAAGAAAUAUGAUUUGCACUGAAAGGACCAGGGCUCCUUGGAGACACGACGGGUUCCAGGCCUGGGCAGGGAACGCGUGAGUCGAAGCCGGAACAUCUUGUCGCGCUGCAUAGCAAAGGAGCCACCAGCAAGAUUCAGAAACCAGCUUGGAGAAGGUACGAUGAGUACUAGGAACAUUUGAGUGCCCAUAGCAAUGAGCAUCGCCUCAGACUGAGGCACGUCCAGCGUGUUUUUCCUGUGACUUCACAUCGUCACCUUGAAAGAAGCUAAGUGACAACACUAGGGAACCGACGCGUCAUCCUGAACACUGGCCAUGCAGGGGACGCCUGAGCACCGGUCAUUCCAUCCCCGCAUGAGCGGCAUCACCAGGUAACCAAACUGCAGAUGCAGCAGGCUUCCUCAGAAACACCAGCUUGGGGGCUGGCGUCGUGGCACAGCAGGUAAAGCCGCCGUCCACGAGGCGGGCAUCCCAUAUGGGCACCGGUUUGUCUCCUGGCUGCUCCACUUCCAAUCCAGCUCCCUGCUAAUGUGCCCGGGAAAGCAGCAGCAGAUGGCCCAAGUGUUUGGGCUCCUGCCACCCACACGGGAGACCCAGAAGAAUUUCCUGGCUUCGGCAGGGGAGUAAACCAGCAGAUGGAAGAUCUCUCUCUCUUUUUCUCUCUCCUUCAAAUAAAUAAAACAAAAAGAAACACUUCAUCUAUUAUGAAAGAAUGAUAGACUUAAAUGUCACCGUUGUAUAAUCCCCGAUGAAUCUGUGUCUGCUGAUGUCCUUAAAAGAUACAGGCAUUGAUUAAAUGGCCCCAAUGAGGGACAGCAACAAACCCACGAGACAGUCUCACUGAAUAAUCCCAUCUAGACUCUACUUCCGGCCUCCACCAGAGGAAAGGCAGAGGAGGGGAGCACAGCAGACCCACCAACAGGAGACAGCAAAACCCGGGGGAAAAUGACUGUGUUUUCAACAUAUACGCUGCAAAGGAAAAAGAGGGAACCUAUAGACCGAAGAGACUUAGAAGGCGGCAAUCAGUUGUAGCAUGUGGAUACUAUCUGGACCCUGGCGGAAGCAAACUUGAAGCUGGGUGAUGGAGAUAUUCUGCUCUUUUGCUUUUAUUUAUAUGCAAAAUUACCCGUGAUUCUAAAAAAAAAUCCCGGGGUAGGCACUGUGGCAUGGUGGGUUAAGCCGCCACUUUGAACGCUCACUUCCCAUACAGGGUCCCAGCUACUCCACUUCCAGUUCACCUUCCUGCGAAC